CAGAAAACCAAAGGACCCAGGGUACAAAAGCAGGAGCGCGUGGCUGAGCAGCGGUGACCUCAUCAUGACCAAGCUUACUCUCCUCGCAGGCCUUUGCCUGGUGAUGUGCCAGAUGGGCACCGCCAUGGACAUGAUCUGCUACUUCACCAACUGGUCCCAGUACCGACCCGGGACGGGGAAGUACAUGCCGGCCAACGUGGACCCGUUCCUGUGCACCCACCUGAUCUACGCCUUCUCCAUCGUCAACUACGCCAACGAGCUGGUGACCUACGAGUGGAACGACGAGGCCCUCUACAAGGACUUCAACGCCCUGAAGACCAAAAACCCCAGCCUAAAGACACUCCUGGCCGUUGGCGGGUGGAACUUCGGAACAAGCCAGUUCACCAUCAUGGUGUCCUCAGCAGCCAACAGGCAGACGUUCAUCCAGUCCUCCAUCAAGUUCCUGCGGACGCACGGCUUCGACGGGCUGGACCUGGACUGGGAGUACCCCGGAGCUCGAGGGAGCCCCCCAGAGGACAAGCAGAGGUUCACGCUGCUGUGCAAGGAGCUGUUAGCGGCCUAUGAGGCGGAGGGAACGGCAACGGGGCGCCCGAGGCUGAUGCUCACCGCCGCAGUGGCUGCUGGGAAGGCGACCAUCGACGCCGGUUACGAAAUCGCCGAGAUCUCCAAAUACCUGGACUUCAUCAACGUGAUGACCUACGACUUCAACGGCGCCUGGCAGAGCUUCACCGGGCACAACAGCCCCCUGUACCGUGGGGCCCAGGAGCAAGGAGAGCUCAUCUACUUCAACACCGACUAUGCCAUGACGUACUGGCGGGACCAGGGUGCGCCGGUCGAGAAGCUGAGGAUGGGAUUCGCCACGUACGGCCGCACCUUCCGCCUGACGUCCCGGGACACCGGCGUGGGCGCCUCCGCGAGCGGCCCGGCGUCCGCCGGCACCUACACCCGGGAGGCCGGCUUCUGGUCCUACUACGAGAUUUGCACCUUCCUCCAAGGAACCACCGUGCAGUGGAUUCAGGACCAGAAGGUUCCGUACGCUGCCAAAGCCAACGAGUGGGUCGGCUUCGACACGCAGGAGAGCUACGAGACCAAGGUGCGCUACCUGAAAGAUAAGAAGUUUGGAGGGGCCUUUGUCUGGGCUCUGGACCUGGAUGAUUUCACCGGGCAGUUCUGCGGGCAGGGGACACACCCUCUCAUGGGCCACCUGCACAAGCUGCUCAAUAUCGAACUGCCGCCACUGCCUCCCACCACCACCCUCCCCCCGGGAGCGACAACCACAACCAAAGCCACGCCUCCCACCACCACGACAACCACCACCACCUCGACGGCGCCCCCUGGCAGCGGCUUCUGCUCCGGCAAGCCCGACGGGUUGUACCCGGUCCAGACCAACCGCAACGCGUUCUACCAGUGCGCCCACGGCAGAACCUGGGUCCAGAACUGCAGCCCCGGCACGGUCUUCAGCGACCAAUGCAAGUGCUGCACGUGGCCUUAGAACCGGAACCGGACCCGGACCCGGACCCGGAGCGGACCGGACCCGGACCACGGUUGCUGUCGAUGCCUGAAUGUCUAUUACAGUAGAAAAAAAAAAACCAUCACUAAAUACACAUUAGGACAGCCAGCUCCUCAAGUCUCAGUUUCUGAAUCAUUAUUUACAUUGCAGGUGCUUAACGAGGUGCUUUAACGAGAGUAACGAGCCUAACUUUUUUUUUUGCGUUCGCGCAUUCAGUAGCGUCCAUUCAUAUAACUGGAUAUAUGCGGAGGGAAUUCGGGUUGUACAGCUUGCUCAGGUGUACAACAGCAGUGUCCUACCUACCAAUCAAACCCGCAACAUUCAGGUCACAUGUUCAGUUCCCUAACCAUUAUAUAACACUGCCCCCCCCACCCCCCUUACACCCUUGUGGUUAAAAAAAAUUUUCAUAAAGUAACAUAAACAUAGAUUUUUUUUAAUGCAGAAAGGAAACAAAUGAAAAUGAACUUUUUGAUGGUAGGUUAGCGCCACCAUGUGGCCCAGAAAUAGUACAACACUGAGUCACGGCCAUAGCCUAUCACAAUUAUCUGGGAACGUGAAUGAUGGCUCUACCAGAGGUGUUGAAGUUCAUAGUGAGAUAUGUAUUUGGCACAAAUAAUUUGAUAAACUUAGGCAAAAGGGCUCGUCUCUUGAAACUGUAUUUCGGGCUAUUUAAUAUUCGUUAAUAUUCAUUUAAUAUUCAUUUAAUUCAUUUAAUAUUCUUUGAGAAUAUGUAUCAAUAUUUCAUACAAAUAGCUAAAGGUUUCACGCAUUUAGCAAACGCAUGGAAUGUUACCAAAUGUAUGCAAUAUUUCUUACAUUUAUUACAUGUUCAAAAAAAAAAAAGCCGUCAGGUAUAUAGUAUUACAGUCACUUCAGUUAUACAAAAAUCACAAAAUAUUUGCCAGUUACAGAACAAUGACAUUGUGGUAUGUCUGUACAAUCUGAUAUACUAGAGAUUACUCACUAGUCGAUAUUUGUAAUGUUGACUGUCAGUCAGUUCGGUCAGAAAUCCAAUUUACUCAGUUCUCCAUCUACCUGCUGCAGCGAGUGCUCUGUUGUCAGUCAUUCCGAGUUUGGUGGUUGCUUUAAGCGAUGAAUUGUCAUCGUAAACGGCACAAAGCCUUAUUUAUUCAUGCACUGUCGUACAGUUAUAUGCUCAUAUACAUCAAUAAAAAAUGCUGUAUACCUCA